UUGUAUCCCGCCUUUUGCCCAAUACUGGGCCUCAAGGCGGUCUUACAAAGUUUAAAACAUACAUUGUAAAGCUUAGGAAAAGAAAUGGGGGGGAAAAACAUUUAAAAUACACAACAAAAUUAGCAUCCAUUAACAUAGAUGGAGGACCAAGUUACUCUCCAAAGGCCUGCUGGAACAAACAAGUUUUAGCCUGCUUCUGAAAGUCCAUCAAGGAGGGAGCCAGUCUAUAAUAAUAAUAAUAAUAAUAAUCUUAUUGCCAGUAAGAACUUCAGUUAAAAUCUGCUGGGAUUUUUCACAGUUUGACCCACACCCACCACUGGAAUGUGGCCCCUGAGAACUUCUUGAAAGAGGUUCGACACCCCUGCUGUAACCACUACGCCACACUGCCUCUCAUCUUUUUCCCUUUCCCUCCGUCAUCCCAGCGCCUCUUCUUCAUUUUGAAUGCUUCGGUUUAACUCGCACACCUCUGCCCACAGUGAGUGACUACUCUUCUUGGUUGGGGCAAACUGUAGGUCCGGCACCUGGAAUUUCUUCACGACGCUGUCGGCUGGCUCUUGAAAGCUUCUCAGGACAUGGCAGGGAUCCUCCGAAACAGGACGAGGGGGAUCAUCCAGAUGUGGAAACGGAGCGGAGUCAAGCAAGCGCUGCAGGACGACCUCCCGCUUUACCUGGGGAAACUUCAAGACGUUGUUCAACAAGUGCAGAUGGAGUUGCAAAAGCCAUUAACGACCCUGAAGGAUGCCUAUUACGAUGCGACUUUGAAACCCUUCGACGAAGUGUGGCAGCAGAAGACAGAAGAGCGCCUGCGGAAACUCCAGGCUUUCAUACCCACCAUCGUGAAGGACGUCUGGCUGAUGGAGCCGAUCCAGGUUUCAUUAAGAGCACUGAAAACGGGCUUAGAUGUGGUAACACAACAGAUGCUAAACUGGAUAGAAGCCAAGUCCUCCAGGGCAGUGAGAAAGCUCCAGAAAUCUUUAUCAAACCUGUACAGUUUUUCAGCCAGGAACUGCUCCAUGGUGGUGAAAUUGCCUGUGAUGCCUAAAGUAGAGCCCACCCUGCACCUGGCCAACUUGACCAACUAUCUAAUUGAAGAGAAACUUAUGAAGCCCCUCCGAGGCCUGUACAACAUCAACCUGGUGGCAGAAUAUUACAGAUUCAAGCGGAGCAUGAUGGAGAGUCCAUUUGAGCAUCAUGCCUUGUUGAUAGGGAACAAGCACCUGAGGACCUUUGAUGGGCAGAUGUACAGGUUGACUUCCAAAUGCAGCGCACUGCUGGCCAAGGACUUUGUUCAUGAUGCAUUUACCGUAAUACUAAAUGUGAACAGUCAAGGUGACCGGUCACUCCAUGUCAACAUGAACGGCACCACUGUCGUUAUCUACCCCAAACAGAAGCAGUUCUACAAGAGGUUCAACUAUUCCCUCUUGGAAGAGAGCUGCCAGUCCUUUGAUAUUCCCCUUGAAGAGAAUGGCUUUGCAAUCCGAAGAGAAUCAGAUCACGUUGAAGUGUCUUCUACCAAGGGGGCUCUGUUUUCAUGUGACCUCCGUUACGGCCUCUGCACACUUACCUUGGAUGGAUGGCAUCAUGGAGCAUCUGCUGGGCUUUUGGGUACCAAUGACAACGAAGCUGGCAAUGAGUGGCUGCUUCCAGAUCACUCCUACGCUGACAGCUUGCAGGAAUUCAUACGCUCCUGGCAGGUGAGUAACUCCUGCAUCCAAUUGAAGAGAACUGACAAGCCGUGCCUCAACGCAUCUAGCUCCCCAAUCUGCAAAGCCUUUUUCCAAGACUCUGACUCCCUCUUUCGGAACUGCUUCAAAGUAGUGGAUCCUGAACCGUUCUAUGACCUCUGUACAAUUGACACAUGUGAACCGGACAGCGUAAAAGUGGCUUGUACCCUGGCUGCUGCAUUUGUUCACUUGUGCAACAGAAAUUUUGUUCCUCUACAGAUGCCUCUUCAGUGUGAUGGGGAACUGAGGCUGAGAGAUCACAGCUUGCCUAAGGCUGCACAAUGACUUCAUGGUAGCAGGGAGGCUCCUACUGAAGUCUAAGGCCAACUCCAUAACCACAAGACCACGUUGGCUCUUGAUUUACUUAAUGUGGUGUUACCACCAACCACCACCACAUUACUUUUGUGAAGAGAUUUGGGGAAGUGUUAAGACUGGCUCCAUCUCCUUCAAGUCAGUUUUAUUCUACACAACCGCCAUCUUUUCUCUGAUACUGGAUGAAAGGCUUCUUUGAGGCUUUGAGCAACAUCUCCUUGGCUUUAGCGUCCAUUUUAUUUCACGUGGCCGCCAUCUUUUCUCCCCGAUUCGGCUUGUAGGGCUGCCUUUGUGCAGAAAACAACAUCUCCUGUGGUUUCACCGUAACGAAAACCCUGCUUGAAAAUCCCCGGCAGCAUCAAGCCAGAAUUUCUAAUAAAUGUGACAAAUAAAGGCUUGCGAGUCAAAAGAA